GGGGUUUAAUUGUUGGCUUCCCCUUUGAAUAUAUUUAUAUCAGGAAAUAAGCUAUUAAUUCGUCGCACGGAUACGACUCGCAGCGGUAAUGAUUUAGGCGUGGCGAGCUGUUGUACAACUCAGCGAUGAGCAAGUAAUGAAUGAGGGUUCUUAUGUCUACCUACUCUAAAAUUGUUCAGGGCAAACACAGAUUUAUACCGUCUGUGUAUCGAACGAUUAAAUAGAUUAACAAAUACUUCGGCUAGCACAUCAACAAUACACAACUACAUGUAAUUAGUCAUUCAUUCAUUGUUGCUUGAAGAUUUUUUUUUUUGUGAUACCACUGCAGACCGUGUUACGAAUUUUUGGGGCAUUUAACACUAACAAAUAAUGAAGAAUGGGAUUAUUCUGAAUGCUUAAACAUAGCAUUGUUUUGGUCCUGCUUGACGCAGUGCUCUGCCCUGGUCACAUGAUUUCAAUGAAUGACGUUCUUUCAAUCUGUAGAUAAAAAAAGAUGACUCGAACAUGACAUCAACUAAUGGGUUCCUAAAGUGUGGAAAGAAACGGACUGGGAGGUCGCCCAAGGAAAUGCUCCAUCUCCUGACUGCUGUUUCUGUAUGGCUUGUAACCGGCACUACAAUAUCAAGCUUAAACAAAUGGAUUUUCGCAGUGUAUAAUUUCAGGUAUCCUCUCUUAUUAUCAUCCCUGCAUAUGCUCACAGCUAUUAUCAUUGAUUAUGGACUGAUCAAGCUGAGAUUCGUGAAGCAGAGGGGCAGCGACCGUGAUCUCAGUGCCAAUGCCAAAUUCAAGGUUUUUAUGUUAAGUUUAACUUUUUGUGCCAGUAUUGCCUUUGGGAACAUUGGGCUGAAUUAUGUUCAGCUAUCCUUUGCACAGAUGAUCUACACCACCACCCCACUGUUUACCCUUGCCAUCUCUGCCCUUAUUCUUGGAAAGCAGCAUCAUAUACUGAAGUACACAGCCAUGAUGCCCAUUUGCCUGGGAGCCUCUUUCAGCAUCAUGGGAGAAGUGCAGUUCCAUCCAAAGGGAUGUUUCUUUGUCUGUGCUGCUACAAUGCUACGAGGUGUCAAAUCCAUUCAACAGAGUAUUCUCCUCCAAGAGGAAAAGAUCAAUUCAGUCUUCCUGCUCUACUUGAUGGCCAUUCCGAGUUUUUGCAUCCUCUUCAUUGCUGCGCUUGCACUGGAGAACUGGGCAGUACUGGAGGCUCCUAUUAAAUAUGACCACAGACUGUGGGUGUUCAUCCUGCUGAGCUGCCUGGGGUCAGUCCUGUACAACCUCGCCAGCUUCUGUGUCCUCACCCUCACCUCGGCCGUUACGCUGCACAUCCUGGGCAAUUUAAACGUGGUGGGAAACCUGCUUCUCUCACAGUUCUUGUUCGGCAGCGAACUCUCUGCGCUGAGCUGUGCUGGAGUUGUGUUUACGCUUUCAGGAAUCGUCCUGUAUCAGAACACAGACUACAUCGCCGAAUAUUUAGAUUCGAGAAAGACGCCGUCCGAGCCAGAGAAGGACUCCAAGACUGAGUGAGGGGACACCGUGAGCGAUCAAGUGGGGGGGGGUGAAGUGUCGAGUGUUUACAGUGUUUCUAGGGGUGGUGUGCUAUCUUUGUUUGUAUCACAGACAUUGGCUUUUACAUAAUCGUUCUAAAGAAGGCCUGUUCAAACUAACCUGCUCUAAUACAAGUGCCAUAUAUUAAGGUUUCCUUUUUUCCCCAGCUGAAAUUAGAAUCAAUUAACGUAAAACUAAAGGAUAUAAAACUAGGAGCAUCUUUUUUUUUUUUAUUUAAUAAACUCCUAUUUUUUUUGAAAGGAGAACAUUCACUGUUACAAAAUGAAACAAACAACUUGAGAGUGCUUAUGAGGCCUUGGAUUGUAUCAAUUACCAGAAGUCAGGUUCUAGAUUUGUGAAAUUAACCAAUGUUUUUCUCCUUUUUAAAAGAAUAGGACUGAAUCAAAUAAUGGAGGAAAUACUUUGCAAAUACGCUAUACAAUUCUAAUCCUUUCAGAAAAAUAAAAGUAAAUAGUCACAGCUAGAAUCCUGUAGUAAGGUCUGUUGCAGUAACACGCACACAAUAUCACCUUGGAUUUUCUUGCUAAGACAUUUGCACACCAAGUGCAUUUAAGGCAGCUAGAGUUAUACCAGUUAGUACCCAUAGUAUUGUGUCAUUAUUAGUUUGAUUCAGUUCUGAACACCAGCCAGAAAUAAUUUUGUUCACAAUUUCCAACCCUUGGUAAAUAUGCAUUUCAGCUCCAGUUUAUGAAAGGCUGAAAUAGUAUUCAUAUCUAUUUAAGGUAGAUUUAGGUUGAAGGUUUUUAACUGCAAGUUGACAUAAUCAUUGAGGUAAUAAGGUGGAGACUAUGAUGGCACUAGGCCCAGCUUUGCUUAGUAUUAAAACAAAUACUAUCACAAGCAUUGCACCAUGGGACUGAUGCAAAUGUUGAUGUCACCUACCCGUACACGAAAAGUGAAUUUGCACAAUAUAAUUUUUUUUUUUAAAAGGAUGACUUUUGAAAUGUACUCUCAUAUAACUUGUAUUGUAUAUAACGAUACUGUUGUUAUUAGAUGUAAAUAACUGUUUUAUUUAUAUUUGUGUAUUUUACAAAUACAAAGGACUGUAUAAAUACUGGUUGAAGAAA